AUGGAGAGUGAGUAUGACUAAAAAGAUAUCGUUGUCAUUGAUAAUGGUACUGAUACUAUCAAAUAAUUAUCACUCUAUUGUAUUUAUAGUUAAUCUACGACAAUAAAUGCGGAUCACACUCGGUUUUAAAAUGACAAUGACAAUCCAAACAAUAAACCUUAACUCUUAUUUGGCUAAGAUUUGAAGAAAGUCGUCAAGGAGAAAAAGUUGAAUGUACAGUUAUCGAAUCCAAUCAAAGAUGGAAAAAUUGACAAUGUGGAAUCUAUGAAAGAAUUCUGGCAAUAUAUUCUUGAGGAUGGAUUACAAAUAUCUGAAUUACAAUAAGUUAAUUUAUUAAUCAUUGAUCAAGUAAAGAAUAGUAAGGAAUACAAAUCGAAACUUGCUGAAGUUUUUUUUGAUUAUCUCAAAGUUUAAUCAGUUUUAUUCAUGAACUCAGCAAGUUUGUCAUUGUUUUCGACUGGAUUAGUUAGCGGAUUAUCCAUUGAAUUAGGACAUGCUGUGAAUACCAUUGUUCCAAUUUAUCAAGGAUUUCCAAUUAUGCAUGCCUUAGAAUUUUCUCAUAUCUCUGGUGCUGAAAUCACGCAAUGUUUGGAAAAUGAUUUGAGAUGCUACGAAACAUUAAUCGAUAAAUUUUCUGAGGAAGAGAAACAAUGGAUUAUUAAGGAUAUUAAAGAAAAUAUGUGCUACAUUGCUAGUGAUUAUGAAAUGCAAAUGCAAUCAGAAGACAAUUUUACAGAAGAAGAGAGAAGCUAUGAAUUACCAGAUGAAUAAGUCAUUCAAAUUACUCCAUAGAUUAGAUAUCAUUGUUCUGAAGCUUUAUUCAAUUCUGCUAUUAUAAAUAAGAAUAGUUCUUCGCUGCCUUAAAUGAUUGUUAAUUCUAUCUAGAGAUGUGAUAAGGAAUUGAGAUAAGAAUUGCUGGCUAACAUGGUGCUUGGAGGAGGUACUUCUAUGUUUUAAGGACUAAUAUCCAGAUUGCAAGAUGAUAUUUGUUAGAUCUAUCCAGGAGGGGCUAUGAGAUCAGAAUUCAAUUUCGUUGCUGAUUUCCAAAGGAAAUAUAGUGCUUGGAUAGGUGGUUCUAUGCUUGGAUCACUUAAGACAUUUUAAUCUUUAGCUAUCAAUAAACAGGAGUAUGAAGAAAAUCCUGAAGGCAAAAUGUCACUUAUUCAUAAAAGAACAUUUUGAAACAUAUUAUAUUAGUAAUUAUUUUAAUCAAAUUUUAUAUCAUAAAC